GCCAGCCUCUCUACAUGACCCCGCUUCCUUCUUCCUCUCCAUCCAUCUUUCGCACGUCAAUCAAAAACUAAGCAAACCUGAGCCAAAACCAGGCGCAAAGAAGAUGAGCUGCUUCCACGGGCGCCACAAUCUUGCGAGGACGCUUGUCGUCUUUACCAACUUCUUCAUCGUGCUCGUGAUGGCGGCGAAUCCAUCGGCUGCGCGGGCAGCGGUGGAGGAGGAUCCCUUGCUUGAGCUGUGGGCGAGGAGGGACGAGAUGGUGGAGAUGGCGGGCUACGGCGAGGAGAAGCUCUCCACGGUCCUCGUCACCGGGUCGGUUCUUUGCGAGGGUUGCUUGCGUGGUGACUCAGAGCUUCGUGCAUGGCCAUUGUCAGGUGCUUCGGUGGCCGUCAAUUGCCAUACCGAUGAUAAAGAAAGCAAAUCUAGCCGAACUCACGGCGUGACAGAUGAAAAUGGGGAUUUCUUCAUCGAUCUUCCUUCGGAGCUCCAUGCCAUCCCCAACUUGGACAAGAGAUGUUUGGUUAACCUCGUUCGAAUGCCGAGGCACUCGCUCUGCCGACCGGCACAUAUCAGAAAGCACAAGAGAGUGAGGCUUUCAUCGGUCGGGAACGGGAUACGAACUUACGAGGCGGGGACAAUAAGACUUCUGCAUUCGGCAACCAAGCCUACAGAAGAAUGCAUGAAGAUAUCGAGCAGCCCCAGAGAAAGCUAUGUAAAUUAAGAGUACCGAGACCCAAGGACAUGGCUCAUUCGAUGGCGCUUCAGUCACGUAUUGAGUUAGUGAUUUUUCAAACUUCACAGAGUCACUUGUAAAAUACACCUCAGUGAACCAAAAUGAUCCAGAAGAAAGAUUGCAGAAGAUGCAUGGCCCAAAGAAACAGAGGGAGUGUGAAUAUGGCGUUGGUGUGUGUGUAUGCAUGUGCAUAAAUCGAUAUAUUAAUGGCAAAAGAGGUUCUUGUC